GUAAUGCAAUGCACUCUAACAUCUUGUGUCAUCAGUAGUCAAUAACUCCGGUAUGACUGCCAUUUAUUCAUCGGAGUGUCAUGCAUUAUAAUAGCGAUAUCCAUUUCUUAAAAAAAAACUUUAAAAAUACCAUUAUUUUCUGGGAAAGCAUCUUGGAUACUUUGAAUGAUAUAAGACAGGUACCAACGGUUGCCUGCUAUAAAAUCUUUUGGAUUGAAUAAUGUUUAAAGAGCUGUUAUAUCGUUUAAACCAUGGAAGUUUCGCUGAGAGGGAGAGGGAGGACACUGAAAAAAUUUAACCCCAUAAUUGAACUCAUGGUUGCUGGAAUGCCGUUGUGCCUGGAUGUACUGACAAUUUCUUUUUUCUGUGCUGAAUUUAACAUUUUGACGGCGGCGGAAGCACACAUCUUGCGCGGACUAUCUCGAGGAGAGAACUCGGCACACGAUGUUGUCAUGUACCUGGUCAGGACAAUACCCAUGAUUGACGUCAUUCUUGUACUGGAUUCAACCGGCAAAGAAACAUACGUCCGUAUGUUGUUGUCAAAGACGUUAAGACUCGAAAGAAUGCACUCAGUUGGACAAUCAGAUAUACCUAACGGUCACAGACUGUCUAAAUACUACUGUUCAAUGUAAAGCUACCUAGAUAGUGGUGUAAUGGGGGCGGGUUCGUUCCAAAAUAUGUGUCAGGGGUUUUGAUCUCAAAUACAGCAAAUACUGGCACCCGGCCUGACAUCCAACCAUGGCGAAUUGCAGUGGGCGUGUGACCGACUGGCUUGCAUUGUCUUCUUGAGACUUCAACCCAUGCGAGAUCGUGAAGAAAGGAGGGCUAUUCUCGACGAGAUGAACAGGUCUGGAGCAUUCCGUCUGACGGCUCGGUAGACAGAACCUUUGUGGACAUCGUUUACUUCGGUUGUCUGGCAUUGUCUGGUGAUCACACAAGCCCAUAAUUAUUACAAAUAGCUUCAAUAGCAAAAAGAUGUUUAAACGGAUUUAUUAAGGCGUUCACGGCAAAUAUCACACAGUUCGUAUACAGGCGCAGCUUUACUUUUAACGUGCACGACGGCGAUCUUUUGUCACACGUCAUAUUCCAUUGCUUGUUUGGAAUGAAUUGUGCAAAAGACGGCAUAGGUGUCAAAAACCUGAAAAUACACGUGUUGCGGUCACUGGUGAUGAACAUUGUUCAAAGUAUGCUGAGGAUCGGCUUUGACCUCCGAGUUGACACAAGCGUCCCACUAGAACCAACAUAUAGAGAAGCAGCUAAACGACGACUUCAGCAGGUCCACGAAAACCUUUUCGAAGGUAUAGAACAACGACGGAGAAUGAUCUACAACCUGUGUAUGGCGCGGGCGUAUGAUGACGAGGCGGACGGACGCUUUUUCCGGUAUUUGGUGGAGGCCAGCCCACAUGAGCAUAUAGCGGUCAGGGGGCAGCGUAGAAGCGGAUGUUGGAGCUGGUACCGGUAUCCUAUUAGUAUUUUGCGUUCAUGCCAGAGCCAAGAUUAGUAUAUGCGAUUGAGGCAAGCGAUAUGACGGGACAAACGGAGGCUGUUGUGAACGAGAACAAGAUGGCGGAGCGCAUUGACGUCAUUCACAACGCUGUGGAGGGAGACGCAGUGGUCACAGACUGCCUUUUACGUAGAGCAGCCUUUUUCGGAUGACCAGGACACGUGUAUUUCCUGUUCCAUCAACAUCCGGCCACACAGGGAAGCAUCAAUGUUAAAUAAGAUAAUUUUGUAAUCGUUUCAAAGCGUUGUAUAUCAACGGAUUUGAUAAUAUAAAAUCAGUCUAAAGCAUACGUUUACAUUAUUGUAUCAGUCCUUUCAUGUCGUCCGUUUUUCAGUAAAACAUUAUUUUGUUGUUUUCACUUUCCUUAAAUCAAAUUCUUUAUUCUAGGAGAAUGCAUUCAUUGCGUUUCUUCGUUUAUGCACAUUCGCAGCAACUUACUUACAUGAACGAAAUUUCCAAAUGUAUUAGGUUGAAAAUGUUUAAACGUUAACUAAGCUCAGUAAAAGUUGUUUCAUUGUCCUAAAAUCCACAUCUGCAGUCAGCAAAGACAAUGCGACUGUUGUUUGCAUCACCUUCAAUUUCGUUUGAAGCGUAGACAUCAACAAACUACAGUAUAUCAAGGUGGAAAGAUGUUAACUUUAGUAUGACUUGUUUUAGAUUUUGCUCACGAUUGAGCAAGUUAACCUUCAUAUCUACAUUGUUGGUCGGAGACUGACGUGCCCAUUGACAUUCCUCACCAAGAGCCGCGCCACAAGUGUUUGUAAAAUAGAAAUGUCGGUCAGUUUAUCAGUACGUCUUAGUAUCUCCAUCAUGGUUUCCUGAGUGAAUACGAAUGGUAAAGUAUUCCAUUAAGUGGACACUAUUCUUGAUCAGGACGUCUAGUUUCAACGACUUGACUUUUGACCUUGAACAUUGUGAUAUGACUUGCCAUUACAUUACAUUUACGUAUUAAGCGCAAUGUUAUACAAUAUUUAGUUCACUUAUGUCAUGAAUAGUGGAUAUUUGAUAUCAAAACUAAGAAUGAAAAUCGACCUUCACUGUGAUCAUUUUUGAUUCAUUCAUAGAUGUUAACACAAAUUCUGGUAAAUAUGCAGCUAACAUAUCUAAAUGUUUAAGUCAACCGUGUAUGAAUUGUAAAUUAUUCUUAAACGUCAUAUAAAAACCAUGCACAAAAUGUGUUGGUCUGUAACGACAUAAUAUGGUAAGUAAAUAUACAGUGCAGGGGGGAUUGUAGAUCAUUUAGAGCCGAUUAAUUAUAAGGAAACGCGAAUCACAUAAUCUUCCUUUACCUAAUUUUCUUGCAAUGUAGCCGGCAUUUGUUUAAUAUAACAGACAGUGGAUAUUGGUACAGGUUCGUAAAUUGGACCUGAACAGUUUGUCAGUACCUGGUAGGUAUGACUUAUUUUAGAGCCGCUCAGAAAAUCCGAAUUAUUCUGACAAUAUAAAAUCUUUUUUCAUCGACACUUUUCAGACGCUUUUUUAUCAAUAUUUUCAUGUUUAAAUAUGAACUGAAAAUACGUCCACUACAUUGCUUGGCGUGCAAAUGUACUUAUACAAGUUCUUUAUUGGUAAGACUUGAGGUCAACUAGUUCAUAUAUCAUGUCAAUAUUUGUGCUAUUUUUAAGAAGAAGCGCAUACAUGACAGAAAACGUAAAGUUUUAACUAUGAAUAAGACGAGUUAUAGGAUCUUAUUGUCCUUCGACAGCGAUAUUCCCCCUUUCUUAUGAAAACGUGCAUUAACUUUUAUGUCGUAACUUAACAAAAUGUCAAAUUAAAAUAUAUGCACGCAUGAAAGUAAUUCUCUGUAUUCCUCCCAAUCAGGAAUGGGCCAAUGAAUUACAAACAAUUGAAUUAAUUGUAGUAAAAAAUAACGGUUCUUCUUGACCAGGCUGAUACCGGAUAUUAGGUUUACUGCCUCCAGGUAAUCUUUCUCUGUGCUAUUAUGGUGUGGUUUUGUCCUGAACCAAAUAUUCUGCCAAACCACACCAACAUGGGAUAAAGUGAUUCAUUCGGUCUAUCGAGCACGACUUGUUUUUAAUGUUUUGCGUAUGUCCUCUUUUAAGGUUUUAUAACGCAAUGUAUAACGCAUGUAAUUGACGAUGAAAUUAAUAUUUACUUAGAAAAGCUUGCUCAUCGACAAUUGUGAUAUAAACAUAAAGCUGACAAUUUAUGGAGGAUAAUUGUUAAAGUAUAGGAUCGUGAUAUAUUUUGCCGAGUGAGCGGCAUCGGAUAGUAGCCACUCGCGAACUUUAUACCUUUGGUUAAAACAUAUUGCGAUCUUAUAUUGAAACAAAACAGCCUUAAUAUUAUAUGGCGUUAAGGAUAUAAAAUGACAUUUAAUUGCUGGUUUUUUUUUUUCAGAAAAGCGCGCCAAAUUGUAUGCAAACGUAAUGUCUUUUCGGAAAUGACAUCGUUGAAAUUGUGACCAAGCCCUGUGUGCGCUUGCGUUUGAUUUGGAAUUGAGAGUGGGCUAAAAACAGUGACAAAUAUCAAAAUGUUUUACAGUUAAAUAUCAUUUUUACUUCACUGAUAAGUCUAUUUCAAUCACCGGAAAGCAUAUUAUAAAAUACAUAUAUUGAUAGUUCAAACAGCAUUUUCAGCAUUUACUUUGCGAAAAAGGCUAUACAAACAGAGUGCCCCUCGUCGAAAAUGCAUUCAAACUCACUUGUAACGAUCUACAAACGCUAGAAGGAAAGAAAAGCCAACAACAAUCUUUAAAUAACAACAAACUUAAAUACCAGUCAACAAAAAUUAUUUUAAUAUAAGUAUUUGAAAAUUGAACUACCUGAAAUAAUUUCCACAUCAGUUAAUCUUCGAGGACUAUUGAACACAUUAGAUGAGCACUGAUUAAAUCGAACAACAUAUAUUGUUUGAAUUCUUGAAAACAGCAAAUGUUUCUAGCUGGAAUUGCAAAGCAUUUACUAUCGUAUCGCAUAUUGAAUGAUCCUUACAGCAUGCCAACACGUGCACUCUAGCUUGUUCACAAUGAAUAAAAACUAUAUUGUAAAUAUUAAAAUAUGAUGGCAUUUUUUGACUACGACCUAAAUUAUAUAAAGAAAUGGCUGAGGGUGCUACGGUUAAAACUGUAAAUUGACAGAGAUUUUAAGGGUAAGUACUGUUUAACCUUAAAAUCUAACCCGUUUACUCUGGCCUUAUUCCAUGAAUGUGAUCAAGAGUGACGUAAUUAGACGAAUUGUUUCAGCUACAGUAAUCUUUGUUAUCGUUUGACUUUUAUCUCAAAUAUUGCCCAAAUGCCGUGUAGCGAGAUAGGGAAAACAUGUUUUGUUUUGAUAAAAUCUUACAAGUCUCCGGUAGCUUGUGAUCUUUGUCGCUGCAACCCAAACGUUGGCAUCAGCAUAACUAAUUGUCAGAAUGGUUUGAUUGUUUUGCAAUAAAAUAUUGCUAACGUUUUGAAAUACCCUUUAUUGAUUUAUUCAGUGCAAUGGAGCAUCGAUGAAACAAAUGUAAAUCAUAUAUACAGGUAAAUGGCCUUCAAUGUGAUGCGCUCUCGUCGUAGACAACGUAACGUGACACUGGUAAGGUAAUAAGGUAGCUCAAUGGACAAUAGGUGGAUAUAUUUGCCUGAGGUAGUCAUGCAAAUAUUUAUUGUAAGAUAUUGUUUUUAGACAUUUAUAGCAUAUUCUAACAAUAGUAAUGCACAAAAGUGUAGAAAAACCCAUCAAUCAUUAUAUAAAUGGCAGUGUAAUUCAGUCAGUAUUGUUUUAGGCCGGGCAUUUAUCAAUUCUGAGAAUUGAUAUCAAUUGGGUGCUAAUUGCAUUUUUAUGUUGUGAAUUAUCAAUUCAAUAUCAUGACUGAGUAUCUGAGUUGUAUAAAGUAUUAUCGAAGACGGCAUCAUUGUUAGUUUGUAUAUCAGAUAUUGUAUCGACAACAUUCCAUUACUUCCCCAAUUCUGCUGUUGCCAAAACACAUGUACACAAGAGAAAAUGGGGUUCUUGUAAAUGAACGAGCACGACUUGUUAAUAAUUGAUUUGCUUAAGUUCUCGAUUAUUCAUAUAGUUGCAUUUCUGGAAGGCAAAUAUUUAUAAAAUAUGCUUUGCAUUCAUCGCGUAAUGGUUAAGUUACUCUUUCACAUUACAUUGUUUGAUAUAAAUUGUAUUUUUGGUUGAUGUCGAAAGAUGUAUUGGUAACUAUGCGUCGAAUGGUAUAUAUUGGUGAAAACAAAGAUUUUUGACUUUGGCCAUUAAAAGUCACUUUAAAGGGGAUCUCGUAAGCUUGGUUGAUUUUCUUCUACAAAAUGAUAUUUAUAUUUUACAAAAUAUUUAUUUUUACGGCGAACGGAUCAUUGUUUAAACAUAUUGAAAUAUUUAGCAGGUAAAUGACAUUCAAACGGAGUAGCUCUCGUUCUUGAUAAUAUAAUAUUACACUAUGAUGUUUUUUAUUGUUGACUGUAGAUCGUAUAUUUGCUUUUGGCCAAUGGAGACCGGGUUUUUUUGGAUGCAGGCUCUUUGGGUGUGGACGGCCGUCGUGUGCGUGCUGAUGGAGCUCGUCCACUCAUUCGGUCGUGUUACAGGCGGACAGAAGACGAGAAGCCACCAGGCGAAGAAGCUGACCGGAAAAGGCAGAGACAUGACUGCAGCUACUUCAAGAGCUACGCGGACAUUGGCGUGCACGAGGAAAUGUUAAGCGACACGGUGCGGACAAACGCCUACAGAUAUGCGAUUUUUAAGAACUACGAACGACUCAGGGGCAGCGUGGUUGCGGAUGUUGGAGCUGGCACCGGUAUCCUCUCAGUAUUUUGCGUACAGGCCGGAGCCAAGAAAGUAUAUGCGAUUGAGGCAAGCGAUAUAGCGGGACAAACGGAGGCGGUUGUGAACGAGAACAAGAUGGCGGAGCGCAUUGACGUCAUUCACAACGCCGUUGAGUCUGUGAAAUUUCCGGAACAGCUUGACGUUAUUGUCAGUGAGUGGAUGGGUUACUGCCUGUUCUAUGAGUCUAUGCUGCCGUCCGUCAUCCACUGCAGGGACCGGUGGCUCAAACAGGGUGGUUUGAUGUUCCCGUCAACCGCUACACUGUACAUUGCCCCCUUCUACGACGCCGAGUAUGACAACAGGCUGGAGUUUUGGUCCGAGAUUCGUUCCGUGUACAAGUUGUCGAUGGAGAGUAUGAAAUCCUACGCCAAACAAAGCAUUGCAAAGCAGGUGCACGUGAAUACCAUACCACCGGAAGCUAUACAAGCGCAUGCGCAGAAAGUAUGUCAUCUUGACCUUCUCAAAGUACAGGCAUCGGAUCUGGAAAAUGUCAAGGGAGAGUUCCGGUUCGAAUGUUUCGGGCGGACGCAAGUGCACGGGUUCUGCACGUGGUUUGACGUCGGCUUUCCAGAAGGUGUCACUUUGACAACAUCGCCUUACGCAGAGGAGACGCACUGGUCUCAGACAGCCUUUUACGUUGAUGAGCCUUUUCCGGUUGACCAGGAAGUGUGCAUUUCCGGUUCCAUCCACAUCCGGCCACACAGGGAAGCCUCAAGGUUCCUAGAUAUCAGUAUCACGCAUCAAGUGAACAACGGACCAAAACACACGAGGAAGCAUCUCAUGAACGACUGCUUUGUCUGAUGAUUACAAGACAUUUAAAAAGAGCAUUAUAUCUCUGAUGAAGGACAGUAAAGCCUUCAAGACUGUUCUAUGCAAACACCUCAGUUCCGUUCAAGGAACUAUGCAUUAAAAAGCUACAUAUUUUGCACACGUUUGCCCACCAUUGAGCAAAUAUGACCUUUCAUAUCUACAUUGUUGUAUGGGUACUGGUGAGCAAAAUUAAAUUCUUUACCAAGAGCCGCGCUACAAGUGUUAGCAUAGAAAUGACACUUUUGUCUCCAUAAAGGUUUCCUAAGUGAAUACCAAUGGUCAAGUGUUUCAUAAAGUGGACAAUAUUCUAGGUCACGACAUCUAGUAUCACCGACUUGAUUUUGUGCCUUGAACAUUGUGAUAUGACUUACCAUUACAUUUACGUCUUAAAGGAAAUUUAAUCAAUAGUGAGUUAAAUUAUGUCAUGAACUGUUGAUAGUUGAUGUCCUUUUGAUGUUUAAAAGACAUUUACCUUUAUUUGGAUAGAUUUUGGGGAUCAAUUCAUUCACAGAUAUUAACCCGUAUCCUGAUAAAUAUGGAAUUUAAAUAUCUGAACGUUUUAACAGUUAAAAACCUCGUGUAUUUGUUGUAAAAUGCCAUAAAACGUCAUAUAAAAAGCCAUGUAAAAUAUGUGUUUGUCUUUAACGAAAGCAUAGGGAAAGUACAUGUACAUUAUGAUAAGCAUUGUAGAUCACUUAGUGCCGAAUAAGUAUAGGGAAUCACGAAUACCAACAUUUGCUUUACCUAAUAGUUUUCAUAUUUAAACGGCAUUUGUUACAGUUGAUAUUUGUAUAGGUUCUUAUAUAUGACAGCAUCUGAUUACAUGUGUAUAGCAUUUGAGAACUUGUUGGCUUUGACUUUUUUCUCAAGAAAUUCAGAAUAAUAAUGAUCUAAAUCGUUUUUAUUCGACAUUUAUUUGACAUUUUCUGGACGUUUUUGUUUUAUUUCCAUGUUUUAUAAUAAGCUGAAAAGACGUCAACUUCAUUGUUUGGCGUGCAAAUAUACCUGUACAAGUACUUUAUUGGCCACAUGUCAACUAGUUCUUAUAUUAUGUCAUGACUUGCUUUGUUUGUAAAAAUAAGCAUAAACAUGACAGGGACACAUUUUGUUUUAUUAACUGUCGAAUAAGAUGUGAACUGUGAUAGGACCUAAUUGUCUUUUGACAACGAUACUCCUUCCUUUCUGAUGCAAAAGUGCAUUUACUUGUAUGUCAUUAUUUCAUAAAAUAUGAAA